GAUUGCGACGGGAUCUGACCCGUUACACAAGGGCCAACACGAUUACGGAGAAGGGCAACGACCUCACCGUAGCAUUGGCCAAGGUGGAAGAUUUGAUUGCCCACCUCACAAUCUCGACGAACAAGUACCAGCUGCUUCCCCUUACGAUUGUUGCUGCAACCAUCCACUGCUCGAUCCUCAAGGAGAGAAUCACAAAUGGCCAAAGUCUCUAUGGUAUGCAAGACCCGAGUUGGGACUAUGCCCUGCAAGCAGCCGUGUCCUACUACCA